UGUCUGUGGAAAAUGGGAAUGCUGAAGCUCGGGAUAGAUAACAGAUAACUCUUAUCGCUGCCUUUUUUCAGCACUCUCAAAGUAAUUUUCAACCUAUACAUGUUAUCCAAUUUGCAUUAUCAUUAACUCUUUUUUCGGCAAAAUUCCAUCCGUCUAAAUUAAUUGAUUUUCUACGUCUCCCUGAUCUCGUCCAUUGAAACCAGAUAGAUAGCUUCUGUUUUCUACCAUGUGUUCGUAGUCAAUUGUUUAUCAGUCAUUUCCACACACGAUAGAACUUUUCCAAAUUUUUGUAUACUUCCAUAAUGUUCUCACACAAUCAAUUUUUUUACGUCGUUGCAACGCUCACUUCAUUAAUCCAGCCUUACUCCUGUAAAUCAACCAGAGAUGAUCCUAAUGAAGUUGUCUUCGUCAAUGUUAUUUUCCGGCACGGAGAUCGAUCGCCGAUUGAAACAUACAAAAAUGAUCCCUACAGCAAUGCCUCAUACUGGCCCAUGGGAUGGGGUCAGUUAACAAAUAAAGGUAAAAUGCAGCACUAUGAGUUUGGUCGCUGGAUGCGGGAUCGAUACAGCAAACUCCUCCCUGAGCAGUACCAUCGAUCUGACAUCUAUGUGCAAAGCACUGAUGUUGAUAGAACAUUGAUGAGUGUGGAAAGUCAUCUUGCAGGGCUGUACCCUCCUGUUUCUUCACAGAUAUGGAACCAAAAUCUUUCCUGGCAGCCAAUCCCAAUUCACACUGUACCGGAGUCAAUGGAUUAUAUUUUAAGUCAGAAAAAACCCUGUGAACGCUAUGAUUAUGAAUUGAAAAAGGCAAAAUCAUCAUCCAUAAUGAAAGCAGUAAACGAAAAGUAUAAGCAGUUGUAUCAGUACGUUACCCUUCACUCGGGAAAAAAAAUUGAUGGAGUCCUCGGAAUAUUAGAUGUUUAUGAUGUUCUUUUUAUUGAGAGUCUUUAUGGUUUUGGGCUUCCUGACUGGACAGCAGCCGUUUUUCCAGAACCCAUGAAAACUGUCAGUUCCAUUGCAUUCAUGUUACCAAGUCUAUCUCAGGAAAUGAGACGCCUCAAAGCAGGGCCUCUAAUUGGUCAAAUAACAAAACACCUUGAAAAGAAAAGCAGAGGGAAACUGACGCCUGAUCGAAAGCUUUGGAUCUACUCAGCCCAUGACACUACCGUAGCUGCUGUUUUAAUGGCUCUUAAUCUCUACAAUUCAGCACCUCCUCCUUACACAGCUGCCAUCAUUUUUGAAUUGAGAAAGAACUCAGCUAAUGAACAUUUUGUUUCUCUGUACUAUCGAAACACAACUGAUCAGCCACCAUAUGAGUUAGUACUUCCAGGAUGUCUAUUCUACUGUCCUCUCGAUCAGUUCAUCUUGCUUACAAAACCUGUGGUUCCUGAUGAUUGGCAGAGCGAGUGUGAAAGCUCCUACAACAUAUCUAGUCUCGUCAUGCACAACAUUUACAUAGUUGCCACUUUGGUAUUCCUGAUGUCUCUGGCCACAAUAAUUACAUUAUUUCAGUGGAGGAAAAAUUACAUGGUUCAUCGCACUUACAGGAAACUCAGCCUGGGAAUCCUAUAAAGAUUAGUGAAGACCUCCUAGUCUGUAAGUAAGCCUUCAUAACUCAAUGGCAUCAAAGAUAACAUCUCAUGUCCACUGGAGGAUUUUUUAACUGAAGCCAAAAAAAGAAAAGGAAGGCAGUAAGUUCAUUAUCGUCGAGUCUUUCUCCUCCAAUCAGGUCUCCAACACCCCCAUAAUACAGGUAAUGUGUGUAUCUCGUGACUCCUUGCCACAAAAAGUUUUCAGACUGCUGCUGGGACGUAAGUUUGUAAACGUUGCAAAUGGUAUAAAACUAUUAGGUCAGUAAGAUGUGCCUAAUUUUUACACUAACUAGGCAGAAGUUUCAAGAUCUCAAGAAUGCAUUUUAUUUUGAAGCAGGGAUGUAUCUGGUGAUUUCUUUUGGCUUUGGAAGUUCCUAUGCCACUUACUCAAAAUUUAAUUAUGGAACUUAUUUGUUGUUAUUUAUUGAUAUGAACUUUUUGUUGUAUUUCUGUUCUCUUGAACUGAAAAGAAAGCAUUAUGGACCAAGUGAGAAGUCUUUGGCCGUGAAAGCAAAUAAGAUAGUCUCAUUAGCUUUGUUAAGAAGUCAUAACUUUCUAUUCCAAAGGUAAUCAUCUUUCCUUCUCUUGAGAAUUAAAGAGAUUUUUGUGAUUAUUAACAAUUAUUUAAGUGUUUGGAUAUUAGUGUUAUUUCAUACGCCUUUAUCCAGUUAGAAAAAGACAUUUUAUGUUUUCUAAUUUUUUAAAAGUUAUCCACCUCCUAUGUUUCUGAUUUCUCUAUUUUUUUUGUACAGUAAUUCCUUGCCAAAAUUUUAAUUUUUCAAUCUCUCCCAAACUACAAAUAUUCAUCAGGAUGAGCAGUGCAUUUUUCGAGAAUUUUGUUUGCAUUCUCAGUUUUUUCCAUGAGUUUUUAACUGUUCUCAGCACCUUGGUGAGGUUGUAUGAUGAUCCAUAAAUUUUGUACUAACAGUCGGCCUACUUUAUCUCAAAUAUACCGGUAUUUUGUAGUUUUGGAUGUGCGGUUCACCAGUUCUCAAAUUUCAGCCAAAAACCUCGCUUGAUGUACUGUACUGCUGGAAUAGAAAUUAUUGUGAGAUGUAUUUCCUGUAAUUAUUCAGAUCUGCUCUGUUAGUCACAAGAUAUUUUAUCGAAGUGCGUUUCCUAGUUGUCUCAGUCGAAAGUGUCAAAAUGUAUCUUGCAUUUAUAGAUUUUAAAAGUUUGUCUCUCAUUCGCAGUCCGUGAUAAUUUGUAUUGUAUAGUGAGUAUUCGGUUUUUGAGCAUUGCUGCGAAUAUAUUGAGUGCCUCCAAGCAAAACAAAACUAUAAUGGCUCCCAAUAGAAAAAGGGAAUUUUUUUAUUUUUUCUGUUAUCACGAAUUCAUCAUUGAGGUUGAAGAAGUCUCUUUGAAAUGGGAAAGGAAGGAAUUUAUCAGUCACAUCGGAGAAAGAGUGAUUUUGCCAGUCCUUUUAAAUUAUAAUAUGGAAACUUCGGAGUACACUAUUAAUUAGGUUUUAAAUGUUGUCUGUAACUUGAAAAGACCAAAAAAAAAGGCAAAUCAGUUGAAUGCUUGAAAAUAUAACUUGCAUUCAGGUUGGAUUAUUAAAGUCUAUCGAAUUUUAUUCAGCUCCUUUGUCAAACGAUUUUUCUUGUCACAGUUCUUCUAAACUAAGGUGGAAGUAGAAAUAAGAGAAUAAAGUGAUAGAAAAUUGAAAAGAAAGAAAAAAAAAUACUUUAAGUCUGGUCCUACAACUUACCAACCUUUUGAUCAAUUAUACUUGAGAAAUCUAAAUUUUUAGGGGCAUUUAUGUGAAAUUGAAAGAUUCCUCAGAAACAAUUGCAUUUAUGGACUUUUCGCAGUCCUCAGUGGUUUCCCCCCCCCUCCCUUUCUCUCUCUUUGUCUUUAUCUGUUAGUUAAGUUUAUCAAUGAUGAAUUAUGUUCACAUAAAAUUUGAACUCAAUUGUUCUAGUAUCUCAUUAAGUAGAUCAGAUUUUUAAUUAUUGUUACGUACUUAAGUUUUUCUCAAAGACUAUGUCCUUUGUGUUCUCUUGAAAUGAUCUCUUGAAGACCAAAUAAAGUGAUGUAAGGCACUUCAUAUGAAAUUGAAGUAGCAUAUUCUUUCAGUUAGUCCUAAGAGAUAAUUCUCAAGGAGCGAAAAAUGAUAUAAUUAUUAAAUAGAGUUUAUAUCAAAUAAGUUUUCAAAUUGCAAUGGAGAAUCUGAUGUCAUCAUUUUCGCUUUGAAACUAACUGCAAAAACUGAACCUUUGGCAGUACUCUAUAAGUUAGCAAAUUUAUUUGGUUUCACCUAUAAUCAUCAAAUAACGGAGCUCUCUUCUAAUUUUCUAAAUACCUUGACCUCUCUGAAAACGAAGUCAGGUGUGCUGUCAAGGCAACCAUCUGACCUUGCUCCUUGAUUGUGAAGAAUAUAUUGAUCAAGAAUUUCACCAACUUUUUCAUCAAAGGCUUUUAUUUUUAUUUAUGAAUGCAUCAAGUGGUUUAACCUGAUUCUCCGGUUUGUAGCAGUUUAAGGAAAGUGUGAUACUUACUUAAUGAGAUCAAAUUUUUGCGCAAAGAGAGCACCUUGUUUGUUUAACAUAUCAAUAAAUUAGUUUAAUGUUAAGGUGCAGGUAUUAAGGUUUUAUAAUUAAAUUCCAUGUCAAAAGUUUCAGUAGGAUACUAGUAGCAGAUGCCACUGUUGGAGAAAACCAGUAAAUGUCACAAAUUUUAAAAAAUCAAGGAAUCUUCAUUGAAUUGUGCAUGCUUUUCUACUAAUUAAAAGCCAGGAUUUUGUCAUGUGACAAACAAUCCAUCGAAAAGCAAGUCUAUAAAAAGGCACUUCAUUGUCUUCACUUUUCCCCUUUUUUUUUACCACAUCAGAUCCCGUUGUCUAUCUAUUCAAAGUUGAAAUGUGUAGUUAGGACAUCAUGGGUAUUUGUAUAGGGUCCUUUAACUCCGGGUUUCUUUUUUCAAAGAUUUUAAUUAAUAAAUUAGCUUCAUUUUUUGUUCUUCUCGAAAAUUAAUGCAACUAUAGAUGAUUGAAGUUACCUGCCAAUCAUAUUUACAAGAUAAUUUUUACAAAUACUUUAUACUUUUCCCCUUUCUGUAAACUUUCCCAAAGACUGUUAAGUGCUGCUGUAACUAUUUCUUUCCCUUUUUGUUUAAAGUAGAUCCAAUUGCAUUGCUCUUAACCAAAUUGCAAUUGCCAGACUGAUUAGAUCUCAUUAGGAGGCAAAUUUUGUCCCGUUAAGUUUUAUGUGAAUACUCUCCCAACUUUUUAAUUCCUUUUCAAUACAAGAUAAACUGAAAAUCAACCAAACCAUGUACCUUUUAAUUGCAGCACAAAUAAUUUUCCUCCCAGUUUCAUACUUCUUUUACAUAAACUUACUUAUACACAUAUUACUGAGCAAGCGUAAGAUUCCUACUGAGCAGUUUCCACUGUGUUAUAAAACUGCAACCUUUAAGUCUAUUGUAUGCUUUGCGAGCAUGUUCAAAAAAUGAAAGUUGAUGGACGUAAUAGGCAGCUUGUUUUAAAAUUUAAUUUUGACUUUAUCGUUCUACAUUAGAUUUACAGUGUUAGUUAAAUAUUUUUAUAGUCAUAUUCUUGUUAAUUUGUAACUGAACUGAUUAUUUUUCAUUUGUUUCUUUUGCACUUGCGUCUUUAAGCAUGUUAAGUUCAUUGUUUUAUUUUUCUGAAGGCAAAAUGUAGCCUUUAGAGAUAUUUUUAUGUCACUUAAUGAGCAGGAGGCUCACAUGUAUAUGAGAAAGGCCUCACAAUAUCUAACAUUUUUUUUUCAUCAUCAAAAAACUUUCAUUUACGCCUGUCACCUCUUAAAAACUUUAUGGGUUGAUUCCAAUUCAACUCAAUCGAAAACUCUUUUUGAGUUCUAGAGGAACUUUUUGAUUCCUAUUUAUGCAACUGUCACAUCUGUGAGCAAUGUGACAUGAUUGUAAAAUUUGUACUGUAAAAUUAAUUUCCUGAAAAACGUCUCCGACACAUUUCAUACCAUCAGUGAAAGUUUAUGAUGAUCUUCUUCAUUUUAUUUUAGGUAGGAAUAAGCACUAGAUUAUAGUCAUAAACACUUAAAUUGUUCAAACAUGUAAUUAUAAUGAGUUAUCAUUUUCAAAUGAUCUGUUAAGUUUAUGCACUGAAGAAGACAAGAAGUUGAACCAUUUAAAUGUAAAUGUAUGUACCAUAAAAUGUAAAGAGAGAAUAUUACUAAUUUACCCUGAUUAUUCGACUUGUACAUAAGAAUGAAUGAAUGAAUAAUUUUAAAUUAUCGUUUUUUGAAAAGGACUAACGAGUCUCUACAAGAAGAAGAAAGUAGGUAUUUGUCGAAUUGAUUUGUUUCCCCUUUGAAAGUUAUCGAGUAUCAAUUCUCCGCUUACCUUCAAUACAGUCGACAUCUGUUUGCUUGAAUUCUUGGUAUCACAAACUUUUUUGCCAUGGCUGGCAGCUCUCCAACAAAAUGUCAAAGAACCUAAGAUAGUUCAAACUGCUGUUCAGGAGACUCUUAUUUCUCAGAAUUAUUUUUCCUUGGCAUUGAAGAAUUUUGUUCCAAGAUUUGAUAAUUUUUUUUAAGCAACAAAGAAAUAAUUAUCUCUCAUCUUAUUGUAUGAUGUUGAUAAGAUAACACUGCUAUCUUAUCAGAGGGAGAAGAAGGUAAGAAUAUUUUCCUCUGUAACGAAAGCAAACUCAAACGUUGCCACGUGCAUACAGAAACACAGAAAUAAAUGAAUACAUAAAAAUGCAUCUUGAAACAUGAUCCUAUCCACCAGGAACAUAUUCUGUAUCCCUAGACAUGUAGGCAAAAUGUGUCGGUGUAUUCCGUUUUUUAGUGAACUGAAGUUGAUCGUAAUUCAAGAAUUCAUUCUCAUCAAUUAUUGUUCAUUUUAAGUGAUACUCUUCUGAGGAAAAUAGAAAAUUUAUGAAUAUGUAAACCUGCAUGGAGAUUAUCCCUGUAAUGACCUGAACGUAGUUUUUAAGUGCUUGUUUGUUUUCUUGUUUUUUUCCCUUUUCGUACACGUCUCCUCCUAAUUUUGAGUCAGCUGUAACCUGAUGAAUGAAAUUUUUUUGCAUAACUUUUUUUUAAUCAAAACAAAUAUAAUAUUUAUUUUAUCUUAAAA